AUGGAUCUGGCGGAGGGCUCCACGGACCCUUCCGCGGAGCCCGCGGAGGGGCCCGCAGAACUGGCGGAAGGCCUGGCGGAAGGUUUGGCGGAAGGCGGAACUGGCGCUACGGACGGAGGGUUGGAUUCAGAUGUUGUGGGGGGAGCGGAAUCGGCGGGAGAAGGGGGGAACGCGGAUACAGUGGGGGAAAGGGGCGCGGGGGAGGGUGGGGGAGGGGCGGAAGCAAGUGAGGGGAAGGGCGCGGGAGUGGGCGGAUCUCCCCCAAUGCAGCGGUUGGGGGAAGUGGUGGCAGCAGGGGCGGAAGACGUUCUGGCGGAGGGGCAAGGGGAAGGCGCGUUUGCGGAAGGGGAAGGGGAAGGGGAAGGGUCUGGUUUGGGGGGAAUUGAAAAAGUGGCCGGAGAGGCGACAAUAGACGGUGGGGACAUUAAGGGGGGAGAUAGAGGAGAUGUUGCUCCUGCGAGUGGGUGUGGAGUGGAUCAGGGGGGAGUGGGGGAAGAGGGAGGAGGAGAGGAGGAGCAGAGAGGAGGGGGAGGAAAAGGUCAAGACGAGAAAGGGGGAGAUGAGAUGGCGGACGGGGAGAAAGGGGAUGAAAAGAAGGGGGAUGAGGAGACGGGGAAAGAGGAUGAGGGUGAGGGGAAGAAGUUGGAAGGGGAGAAGGGGGAAGAGGAGAAGGCGGGAGAGGAUACGGGGGAAGAGGAGAAUGGGGGAGAAGAUAAGGGGGAAGAGGAUAAGGGGGAAGAGGAGAAUGGGGGAGAAGAUAAGGGGGAAGAGGAUAAGGGGAGAAAACUGACGGGUGAAUUGGAGGAUGGGGAUGAGGAGAUGAAGGAAGCGGAGUCAGGAAGCGGGGAGAAGGGGGAAGAAGUGACAGGAAGAGAGAAGGGGGGGGAAGAGGAGACAGGAAGAGAGGCGAGGGGGGAAGAAGAGAAGGGGGACGAGGGGAUGGAAAUAGGGGCAAUGGGGGAAGAGGAGAAAAGGGGAGAGGGGCAACAUGAGGAGGAGGGGGCAGCAGCAGCAGCUGACGAAAACACUCAGCUCUCCCUCCUCCAAUCGCAGCGCGACUGCUUCGCCACGCUGGCGGCCGACCAGCAACUCACGGACCGCCAGCUGGCGGGCCUUUUCCCGCCGCAGCUGGUGCGUCAGAAGGUCGAGGCGCUCAGGAGGAUAAGGCGGGCGGCAGAGGAGAGAGUGAGAGUGGGGAGGGAGAUGGUGAGAGAGGGGGAGUGGGGGAAGCUUGUGGAGGAAGGGGAGAAGGAGGAGAGUGAGAAAUUGGAAGAGAGGAUUGCGAAGUUGGAAUCCUUGCUGGCGGUGGUGCAAGCGCCAGCUGUCAGGAGAUCAUUGGAGAUCCAGCUCAGGUGCCUGAAGCUUCGUGGGUUGCAGAGGAAGGUUCGUUUCGAGGUGCUUGCUGAGAAGAGGAUCGCUGACUGGGCGGUGGGCGGCGCGGUGACUGGUCGUUCGGUGAACGGGCACGCUGAUGUGGCAGAUGCUGACGUGGCGCGUCCGGAGCUGGCUGAUGACGAAUCGGAUAUGGUCAAAAUCGUAGAAGAUGACGUGGCGGUGGAAAGUGGGCGGGUGGGGAAGAAAUGGAGAGCAGUUGAAAGUGAGUGUGAGAUAGAGGUAGUGGGAGAGGGGGAUGAGAGUGAGAAAGUGGAUAAGGAGAGAGAGGAGCGAGUGAAAAAGGAGGAGGAGCAAAUCAUGAAGGCCAACGUGGCACACGGGCGGCACCAGCUGCUGCUGGACUGGAGCCUGCUGCGUCUGACGCAUGCUGACGUGGAACGCGCGCUGCUGAGGUGGCAGCUGCCACCUGGCAUGAAACCGUCCGAGGAGGAGGUGGAGGCUGAGGUGGAAGACUUGUGGGACGAGGAUUAUUAUGAGGAGGGGUUAGGGUUUGAGAUAGAGGCGAGGAAGAGAGAUGCUGCAGCGGCGGCGGCGGCGGCUGCUAGGGCUGCUGGUGGUGGGGUUGGUGUUGCCGGGAUUGGCGUUGGUGGGGUUCUGGAUCUGGAUUUUGAAGCUUCAGAGGCCAUUGAGGCGGCUCGAAGAGCGCGUCGGGCGGCAGACUCUGCAGAAUCCGCUGCCCGGUUCUUCGCUGACGUGGCACAGGCAGGGCGCGACAUGUCAGCGGCCAGCCUGGCGGAGCAGCGGCGGCGGAAGCAGCGGAGCGACGGCGUGCUGACGUGGCACGCGCGUCAGAAGCAGCGCGCGUCGCGGGCCGAGCGAAUGCGAGUGCAGGCUCUUAAAGCCGGGGACCAGGAGGCGUACUUUAAAUUAGUGGAGGAGAGUAAGAACGAGAGGUUGCAUACUCUUUUAGGGAAAACGGAUGAGCUUUUACAGAGGCUGGGGGCUAUGGUACAGAAGCAGAAAGACGCUGGUGGUGGGGUUGGUGGUGGGGAUGGUGGUUGGGGAGGUGGUGGGGGAGGUGGUGGGGGAGGUGGUGGGGGGGGUGGAUUGGGGGUUGAUGCUGCUGUGACAGCAGACCGAGGUGUGGAGGGGAGGGCAGCAGCAGAAGCAGAUGGGGGAGCAGGAGGGGAGGGAGGGGGGGCAGGGGAGGGGCAGGAGGGGCAGCAGGAGGGAGCAGGGCAGUCGAAGCGUGAUUUAAUGGAGGGGCAGAGGCGGUAUGACCGAGCAGUGCAUUCGAUCGAAGAGAAGGUGACGGAACAGCCCUCGUUAUUGUCACCCGGGCGGCAGCUUCGGCAGUACCAGAUGGAAGGGCUACAGUGGAUGGUCUCCCUUUAUAAUAACAAUUUGAACGGGAUUUUGGCGGACGAAAUGGGGCUCGGGAAAACGAUACAAACGAUCGCGUUUAUCGCGUUUAUGGCGGAGAAAAAGGGGGAUUAUGGACCGCACUUGGUGUUGGCUCCCAAGGCUGUGCUUCCGAACUGGGGAGUGGAGUUCGCGGCGUGGUUUCCCACUUGCAGUGUUGUGAUGGAUAAGGCGUUCCUAAAAAAGAUUAAGUGGCACUAUGUGAUAGUAGACGAGGGUCACCGGCUUAAGAACCACGAUUCUGUACUUAGUAAAACGCUGGUGGCGGGCUACUCGAUCCGGAAAAGACUUUUGCUGACGGGGACGCCGAUUCAGAACAGCCUGGGGGAGCUCUGGGCGCUGCUGAAUUUUCUUCUGCCCGCGAUUUUCAACUCGAGCGAUAAUUUCGAGGACUGGUUCAAUGCGCCGUUUGCGGAUAAGUGCGAUGUGUCUCUGAACGAGGAGGAGCAGCUGCUGGUGAUUCGGAGGCUGCACCAGGUCAUCCGGCCUUUCAUCCUGCGUCGAAAGAAGUCAGAGGUCGAGAAAUUCCUCCCGCAGAAGCGCCAAGUCAUUCUCAAGUGCGACAUGUCCGCCUGGCAGCGCGAGUACUACUCCCAAAUCGUCUCCGCUGGCUGCGUCGGCCUGGACGACAGCGGGGGAGGAGGCAAAUCAAGAGCGCUUCAGAACACAGCCAUGCAGCUCCGCAAGUGCUGCAACCACCCCUACCUCUUUCUUCUAGACGCACUCGACCACCCCUACCAGCCGAAUUCCCCCAACGAGCGCGUUCGGGCAAGUGGAAAGUUUGAGCUGCUGGACCGGAUUCUGCCCAAGUUACAGGCUGGGGGGCAUAGGAUUUUAAUGUUCUCUCAGAUGACUAAGGUAAUGGAUUUGCUAGAGGAUUACCUUCGGUCGGUCGGCAUGCUUUAUCUGCGUCUGGACGGCAUGACCAAAACAGAUGAACGAGGCCGCCUGUUACAGAUGUACAACGCUCUGGACUCGCCGUAUUUUAUCUUCCUGCUGAGCACGCGGGCGGGCGGCCUUGGACUGAACCUGCAAACGGCGGAUACGGUGAUUUUAUUUGAUUCCGAUUGGAAUCCGCAGAUGGACCAGCAGGCGGAGGAUCGGGCGCACAGGAUCGGGCAGAAGCGGGAGGUUCGGGUGUUUGUGCUUGUGAGCGUGGGGUCUAUAGAGGAGGAGAUUUUAGAGAGGGCGAAAAGCAAGAUGGGGAUCGAUGCGAAGGUGAUUCAGGCGGGGAUGUUCAACACCACGUCGACGGCCCAGGAGAGGAGAGAGCUGCUGGAGCAGAUUAUGAAGCGAGGGAAGAUCCCGGAUCUGGCCCCAGAUUUGCCAGAUGAGAGUGAGACGAAUCGGCUGAUUUCGAGGACGGAGGAGGAGUUUGAGAUGUUUGAGCGAAUGGAUGAGAUGCGGAGGCGGCAGUUUGGGGCGGCGCGGCUUGGACUGAUGGAAAGAGACGAGGUGCCGGAUGAUGGUACCGGUGCUGGUGGUGACUAUUCCGAUCGUGCCUAUAGAGAAGGCAGCAGCGGCCGAUUUGGGCACAGCAGUGGGGUGUUUGGUGCUGCAGGGGCAGGAGGGGGAGGAAGAGGAGUAGGAGGAGGUGACUAUAACGAGGGGGAAGGGGGGUUCAUGGAUGCUCCCGAGGGGAAUGAUGAGAGCGAUGAAAUGGAGGGGGGUGUUGGGGCGGCAAAGUGGAAGGGAGUGCGAGGCUGCAUAGAGGAACCUGUUUGUGAUGAUUCUGUGGGGGAAGUGGGAGCAGUGGGUGGUUUUGAUGGUGGUUCGGCGGGUGGUUCGGUGGGUGGUUCGGCGGGUGGUUCGGCGGGUGGUUUGAUGGGUGGCUUAAUGGGUGGUUCGGUGGGUGGUUCGGCGGGUGCAAAGUGGAAGAGAGCACGAGGCUGCCUAGAGGAGCCCGUGUGUGAUGAUUCUGAGGGGGCGAUGGGUGGUUCGGUGGCUGGUUUGUUGGGUGGUUCUGUAGGUCGUUCGGUGGGUAGUUCGGUGGGUAGUUCGGUGGGUUCUUCAGUGGGUGCUGCGGUGGGUGGUUCAGUGGGUGACAUAGGUGGUUCGUCGCUUGCAGUUUCAUCUGCGGUUAAAGGCGAAGAGGCAGAGCAGGAGGGCAACGAAAGCAACGGCAACGAAAACGAUGAGGGGGAGGGAGAGGAGAGAGUGGGGAGUGGCAAGCAGCAGCAGCAGCAGCAGCAGUUGCUGUACGAGUGUCUGUGGGAGGACAGGAAACUGGAGGAGGCAGCGGCGGCAUCGGGGACGUAUCAACUGCUGCGAUUGGAGAUGAGGAGAAUGAAGAAGAACCCGCGGCUGACCGACAGAGAGUUUGUGCGGCAGAUCAAGCAGCUGUGUGUGAUGAUAGAGGAGCAUAUAGGAGAGCUCACGGGUCGCUUUGAACUCAACCAUGGCGCAUAUUUCCGAGACCCGCGCAUCCUCGCUGUCAUCUCACUUCCUGGCAAACACAGAGCCCAUUCCCAGUGUCUCCCCUUUCUUCUGUGUCCCUUGCGCUCCCCUUCUGUCCUGCAGAUCAAGCAACUGUGUGUGAUGAUAGAGGAGCAUAUAGGCGAACUGACGGGUCGCUUCGACCUCAACCACGGGGCCUAUUUCAGAGACCCGCGCAUCCUCGCUGUCAUCGCGCAUUUCCUGCAGCACUGGGCUCUCCCUGAUUGA